UCAACCUUCAGGGUCAACGGCUUAAUGUCCUUUCCUUCUUCCCUCCGGUGUUUUUUCCUAUUUCCGGCAAUGGCGGAGCUCCGAAAAUCUGGCACUGCUUUAACGAAUCAAUCGGAAAGGAAGUGAGAGGGAUAAAGAGAGAUAGAGACAGAUCUGCUGUUUUUUUAGAUAUGGGUAAGCUCAGAUUCUUCCAAAGUCUCCUAUUUUCGACGGCGAUCUGCUUUUUCAUUCCCCUAAUCGCCGCAAGAGGCGGCCACUCCGACUAUAUCCGGCCAGGUGAUGGAAACUCUAGUUUUCAUAGUACUGCGAGGCAAUUGAUUUCGCGAGAAGAGCCACGACCGAGUCUGGAAUUAACUCGUGGAUACAUGACGAAUGGUGAUCUUGAGAAAGCAAUGAAAGAUUUCACCAAGAGAUGCAGCAAGAUCUCGAGAUUAUACAGCAUCGGGAAGAGUGUCAAUGGAUUUCCUUUGUGGGUCAUAGAGAUUUCAGACAGGCCUGGAGAGAUAGAGGCUGAACCUGCGUUCAAGUACAUUGGGAAUGUACAUGGAGAUGAACCUGUAGGGCGUGAGAUGUUAUUACGUCUUGCAAACUGGAUUUGUGAUAACUAUGGGAAGGAUCCAUUGGCUAAAACGAUUGUAGACAAUGUUCAUCUUCAUAUAUUGCCGUCACUGAAUCCAGAUGGAUUUUCAGUCAGGAAACGUAAUAAUGCAAACAACGUCGAUCUUAAUCGCGACUUCCCUGACCAGUUGAAACUUGGUUGGUUUUGGUUACUCAUAGUCUCACUAGUCACGUUUGGCUUGCUUAACACAUACCUAAUGUUGCAGUUCUUUCCCUUAAAUGAAGACUUGAGUUUGAGGCAACCUGAAACUACGGCAGUAAUGACUUGGAUUAGAGAUAUACGAUUCACAAUGUCGGCUACUCUGCAUGGGGGUGCCCUUGUCGCAAACUUUCCAUGGGAUGGUACGGAGGAUAAGAGGAAAUACUAUUAUGCUUGUCCCGAUGAUGAGACAUUCCGGUUCUUGGCACGUAUUUAUAGCAAAUCUCACCGUAAUAUGUCUUUGAGCAAAGAAUUUGAGGAAGGAAUCACAAAUGGAGCAUCCUGGUACCCAAUAUAUGGUGGUAUGCAGGAUUGGAAUUACAUACAUGGAGGAUGCUUUGAAUUGACUCUGGAGAUAAGUGAUAACAAGUGGCCUCGUGCCUCAGAGCUUCCCACCAUUUGGGAAUACAAUAGAAUGAGCAUGCUGAAUCUUGUUGCAAGCCUAGUGAAGACAGGAGUUCAUGGACGGAUCUUUUCGUUAGACCAGGGAAAGCCACUUCCUGGGCUUGUUGUGGUCAAGGGAAUUAACUAUACGGUUAAAGCUCAUCAAGCUCACGCAGACUACCACCGUUUGCUUGCACCUGGACAAAAUUAUGAAGUGACGGCGUCGUCUCCUGGAUACAAACCGAGAACAACAAGUGUGUGGUUAGGUGAAAACGCUGUGACCGCUGAUUUCAUUCUCAUCCCAGAAGCAAGUUCCGGAGGCAAACUACUGAGAAGCAUCUGUGACUGUAGCUGCGGUCAGCCGCUUCUAACGCACUUAUUCAUGGAGACGAAUAACGGAAUCGCGUUUACGCUUGUGGUGGUUGUAGCGUUCCUGUGUUUUUUGUUGCAAAGAAGAGUGAGAUUUAACCUAUGGAAGCAGAGACAAUCCUCUAGAAGGUCAUCAAUAACUGUAUGAUUUUAUAGGUAUUAUACAAUAACACGAAUCGUUAGAGUCUACUAAGCAAAACCAGAAUCCCAACAUCUAAAUUCAUUCCUCGUGUAGUUUUUUUUUCUUUCCCCAUAAUUUUCAUACGAUUGAACAUGUUCUUUGAAUUACACUUGAAAAAAAAAAUAGAGUUUUAUUUUUGGGUUUUGGUGUUUGAUCUCAUCUCUUAG